GUGAGAGAGGGAGUGAUAGAAACAGAGAGAGAAAGAAUCAGGUCACUGUUGUCGGCAUCAUGGAUGGUUUUAGGACAGCUCUGUUGAUCAGCUGCUUGCUCCGCACAGUGGGGGCCCAGGCCCCGGCCCUGUCCCUGGAGCCCAGGGUGUUAUGGGCCUUGCAGGGGGGGACAGCCAGUCUGCGCUGCCGGGUGGUCAGCGGGACGCAGCCCGUCCACCUGGAGUGGAGGAGAACCAACAACCAGCCGCUUCCAGACAACGUGAAGAUCGGUCCAGAUGGUUCUGUACUGACAGUAGCUGGGGUUCGGCCUGCUAACCAGGGCCAAUACCGUUGCAUAGCAACCAGCCUGGCGGGGAGGAGCACAGCAACAGCUACUCUGACCAUCAGAAUGUCUCCUAAGGUGCGGGUGACCCCGGCAGGGCCCCUGCGUGUCCGACUGGGUGAACCUGUAUCUCUGGAGUGCCGUGCCACAGGUAGGCCACGCCCCUCCGUCACCUGGCAACACCAGGGUUCCACCCAUCAGCUCGUUACCACAGCAACCGAUGACACCAGAACGCUGCAGGUGGCGGCGGCUCGCCCGGAGGACUCUGGCGUGUACAUGUGCCAGGCGAGGAACAGCGAGGGCGUUGCCGAGGCCAAGGUCGAGGUCGUCGUCGAUGGAGGCCAGGGCGUUUCCAUGGCACCGGUGGCGUCCGUAACUAAGGCAGAGAUUACAGCUGUGGUGGGUCAGACCAUCACCAUGGAGUGUCGUGCCCGGGGAUCCCCCCCCCCUGUCAUCACCUGGUCCAAGCUGCGUGCCCCGUUGCCGUGGAGACACAGAGUGGAGGGUGGAGUUCUGACUCUGCCCAGCGUGGGGCGCCAGGACUCAGGACAGUACAUCUGCAACGCCACCAACACACACAGCACCAGCCAGGCAUACACACAGAUGGAGGUGGACUCCCCUCCCUACACCACCUGUCUUCCUGAGCAGCUGCGACUCCGCCCCGGCGACGCCCUGCUCAUCCAGUGCCUUGCCCACGGCUCUCACCCAAUCACGUUCCUCUGGACCCGGGUAGGCGGGGCUGCACUACCCCAGGGGGCGGAGACAACCCAGGACGGCAAGCUCCUGAUUGGCCAGGUGCAGAUGACUGACAGCGGGAGCUACAAAUGUUUGGCCAGUAAUCAUGUGGGCUCCAAUGAGGCCCUGGCCAGGGUCACAGUAAAAGCCUGACCCAUCAUGGCGUCCCACACUGAUGACACACGCGUGAAGCUCCGCCUCCCCAACUCUACUGCAAGAUGAGAUCGUUCCCAUGGAGACUCAGAAGCUAUACACUGACCACAGAACCAAUCAUAUAGCGGAGUAGCCCUGUUUCCAGGUCAAAUGAGGGAUUUAAAUUGAUAAUAAACUGGGUCUCAUCUGUC